CGUCCUUGCUGAUUCUUUCCUUCCAAGCUCCUCACUUGUCAAGCUCCUCCAAACUCUUCCUCAACCUUGUUCUUACUAAUUAUUUAAUGUUCUUCUUCUGCUCUCUACAAACCUCCCUCGGUCUCUACACUUUCUAAUCUCACGUCCAUCUGUCCAUCUGUUUUGUGCUUCCCGAAGACGCAUGUCAGGAUUUCCUGAUCCUGACGACUUGGCCUCUGUUGCGACCUGGAACCGAGCUGCCGCGCGCCUCCUCCGUCAAACCUUGGAAAGAAUCAUGGCGUCGUCAGCAUCAACAACCACACCUGCGAAGCAUGUGACGCAAACCUUCGCAGACAGGGUGGCCAAUGUCAAGGUCCCCAAGAGCGACAUCCAUGCGCUGAUUCUAGACUACCUGACAAUGGAAGGCUACUCACAGACUGCUGCCCAUUUCAGCAAGGAAGCCAACCUCAUGCCGUAUCCAUCACAGGGGUCUAUCAAACUUCGUCAGCACAUACGGAAUUACAUACACAAGGGAAAUGUUAUGCCCGCUAUCGAGGCAUUGAACGACUUUGAUCAUGAGAUACUUGACCGAGACGCGGCGCUCCAUUUUGCUUUACUGCGCCUUCAGCUGGUCGAGUUGAUCCGGAAGUGUACGGCGACACCAGAAGGCGAUAUCAUCCCGGCGCUGGAGUUCGCAACCACAUAUCUUGCGCCCCGGGCACCGACUAAUCCACAGUUCCUGAGGGACCUAGAGGAUACGAUGGGUCUUUUAAUCUUCCCCCAUAAUGAUGAUCUCGAUCCUUCCCAUGUCGCGCUUCUUCAUCCUCAUCUGAGACGAGAUGUGGCGGAAAUGGUGAACGCGGCCAUUCUGAGCCGCCAGUCGCAACGAAAAGAAGCGGCCAUUCGGCAACUUUCCCGCAUGAGGGUGUGGGCCGAAGCCAGUGCGCGGGAGGCAAAGAAGCCAAUCCCGGAGAGGAUCGAGAUCCGCCCGGAUGGCUCACAACCCAGUGUGGAUCCCAUGCUCCUGUCGUAGGAAGCGAGAGCUGGCGCUGCGGCGUCUUAUACGAGACGAUGGGUGGAUGGGUUAUGGAUCGACGAAUUAUGACGGGUUUACGAGUAUCGAUGACCC